AUGGCUUCUUCUUCUACUACUUCCACUAAAGUGACCCUUAAGCUUCUUGUCGACACAAAGAAAAACAAAGUUGUAUUUGCAGAAGCAUCAAAGCCUGCCAUAGAUUCCCUCUUAAACAUGUUUCGCUUGUCUUUCGGUACUACAGCAAAACUCAUGAGCAACAACAACAUGCAUUUGUUGGGUUGCUUAGAAAAUCUAUACCACACUAGUUCAACUACUACUCUCCAAAACAUCAAUCAUAAUCAUGUCCUCCUCAACUCAACAACACCAAACAAUAACAUACAAACUUCGUUUUUCACGUGCCAAAAUGGUUGCCCUUACGAUGUUACAUUAUCAUGUGAUGUUAACGCAAUCCCAUGUUGUUGUCUAUGCUUGACACAAAUGAUCCAUCAAGAAACAAGUGGUGUCGUUGCAAUGAAAGAUCAAAAUGCAACUUUCAUGUUGAUGGAUGAUUUAGUGAUUCAACCCAUCUCACCAAUAUCUAUCAUCACCCUACUCAACAAAUUCAAUAUCAAAAAUAUUGAUACCUUGCAAGAAAUUGUGGUUGAGUUUGGUAGGAAUGAGUGUGUUGAGUUGCUAAAGGCUUCGUUGCAAUCGAAGAUGGUUUUAACAAAUGUUUUUAUCAAGAAGAAGAAUAAGGGUUUCUCAAUGUUUAAAAGCAUGGCAAUUUUGUAUUUUUCUCUUCUAGUUUUGGGAUUCAUUGUCAACACCACUCCAAGAUAUUUAGGAGAGGAGUGCUAG